AUGGCAGACGGUGUGGAGCGGCUCCCACCUGAGGAAGACCCAGAGCAGACCACUGUGCUCCACUGCUUUCAUGGGAACCUGAAGACAGUGAUGUCCUGGUUGGAGGCCUUCCCCAACACACUCUUCAGUGUCAACGGCUUUUGUCGACUGGUGAAGGCAAGCCAGCAAGAGGCUCUCCUAGCCACCCCAAAGGACAACCUCCUCCUGGAGACGGACUCACCAUACCUUGGUGUUACCAACAAUAGGGGCGUCGCACAGAAGUUGGCAGGGCACUUCCAUAUGUCGCCAAGGAAACUCAUUGAGGUCUGCACUGCCAACGGAAGGCGCGUAUUUCUGAAGUAG